GCGGGACAUGCUGCCCGUGUGGCACGCCUCGAACCCAGGACCCGUGGCCGCGCGCGUGCGCGAGCAGAGCGAGGACUGCCUGUUCCUCAACGUCUACGCGCCCGCGGGCGCCCGCGACCCCGCCGACCCCCGCGACCCCGGGAAGCCGGUCAUGGUCUACAUCCACGGCGGCUCCUACAUGGACGGCAGCGGGAACCUGGUGGACGGCGGCGUCCUGGCCAGCUACGGCGACGUCAUCGUCGUCACCGUCAACUACCGGCUGGGCGUGCUGGGCUUCCUGAGCACGGGCGACCAGGCCGCCCGGGGCAACUACGGCCUCCUGGACCAGAUCCAGGCGCUGCGCUGGGUGCGGGAGAACGCGGGCGCCUUCGGCGGGGACCCAGGCCGCGUCACCGUGUUCGGCUCGGGCGCCGGCGCCUCCUGCGUCAGCCUGCUCACGCUCUCGCACUACUCGGAGGGUGAGACCCGCGACCCCCGACCCCAGCGGGUUCGAGCGCCGCCGUACCGCGUGGCGUUCGGGCCGGCGGUGGACGGGGACGUGAUCGCGGACGACCCGCAGGUGCUGAUGGAGCAGGGCGAGUUCCUCAACCACGACGUGCUGCUGGGCGUCAACCAGGGCGAGGGGCUGCGCUUCCUGGACGGGGUCCCGGGUGCGAGCGGCGACGAUGACGCCGACACCGACGCGGAAAAAAACACGUACGACAGCGACGACGAUGUCGGGAGCGACGCGGGCGCGAGUGCGAGUCGCGCCACCACCGCCGGAAACGAGGACGAGGAGACGGAGGACGAGGACGCGCACCGGGGAAAUGCGGGCGCGAGUGCGAGUCGCGCCGCGUUCGACCGGGCGGUGGCAGCGUUCGUCGACCGACUCUACGGCGGCGGUGGUGACCCCGACGGUGACCUCAGUGACCCCGGCGGCGACCCCGACGCGCUGCGGGAGACGGUGAAGUUCAUGUACACGGACUGGGCGUCCCGGGCGAGUGCGGCGUCGCGGCGGAAGGCGCUGGUGGCGCUGUUCACCGACCACCAGUGGGUGGCGCCCGCCGUGGCCACCGCGGACCUGCACGCGCGGUACGGGUCGGCCACGUACUUCUACGCCUUCGGGCACCGCUGCGCGGGCGGCCAUGUGCCCGCCUGGGCGGAGGCGGCGCACGGCGACGAGGUCCCCUACGUGUUUGGCGUCCCCCUGGCCGCGGGCGCGGGUGCGAGUGGCGCCGACCUCUUCGGCUGCAACUUCUCCCGCGACGACGUCAUGCUCAGCGCCGCCGUGAUGACGUACUGGACCAACUUCGCCAAGACGGGGGACCCCAACCGCCCGACGCCGCAGGACACCAGGUUCGCCCACACCCGCCCGAACCGGUUCGAGGCGGUCGCGUGGUCCCGGUACGACCCGCGGGGACAGCUCUACCUGCACAUCGGCCCGCGGCCCCGGGUGCGAGACCACUACCGCGCCGCCAAGGUGGCCUUCUGGCUCGAGCUCGUGCCGCGCCUGCACGGCCUGCGCGAGCGCGCGCGGUACACUGGAUCAAACCGGAUCAAACUUGAUCGUACCGGUGUAGACCGGUGUAAACCAGUUUUUGACCAAUUCAAAACCGGAUCAAAGCGGAAACUGGAGCAGACCGGUGCAAACCUGUUUAGGAACAUUUCAAACUUGAUCAAACUGAAUCAGACCCGAUAA